AUGUCCCGCGGUAUUGACCCAACCGAGCUGCCGGCGGCGAAAUCGCCGAGGCUAUCGGGACCCACCACCAUCGACUCCCUCGACGAGGACAUCCUGCUUGAGAUCUUUCUCCACCUACCCUCCCUAGCGACGCUCCUCCGCGCCGCCCUCACCUGCCGCUCGUGGCGCCGUGCGGUGGCCUCCUCCCCUGCUUUUCGCCGCCGCUUUCGCGAGCUCCAUCGGGCGCCCCUCCUCGGUCUCGUCGCGGAGCCCCAACGCGACGCCGUCCCGGCCUUCGCGCCCGCCCAGCACAGGGACCGCGACGUGCUCGCGGCCAUUAGCGGUGGCGACUUCGGCUUCGCCCUCACUGCGCUCCUGGAUCCCCAAGGUUACGCGCCCGACGUGCCCCUCCACUGGCACAUUCAAGACUGCCGCGACGGCUACCUCCUCCUCGCGAAUUGGGAUGCCGAGUUACUCGCCGCCGUCAAGGCGUCAACCCACUAG